UUCAAAAAAAAAACAAAUAAUAAAAAAGAAUUUAGCUCCAAAAAAUCACAAAAAUUCUAAAAUUUUUGCAUAUUCCUCAAGCACGAGUAAGUACGAUGCCAAAAAUAGGGCAAGUACGAGUACGAGCAAAUCUCAAAGUUCAGUCACUGAUAAUAAGAGAAAAUUUACCUAAAAAUUCCUGAAAAUGUUGUUUUCUUUGACUUUUAUAAAAUUAAAAUUAAAAAAAUAUUUCCUAUGUUUAGGCGGAAAUAUUUAUAUUAACUCUACUAUCUGGUUACCUGCUUAUCAAAAUUGCCAGUUAAAAUGUCGUAUCGAUUCAGAAAUUUGUCAAAUGAGUGGGCCAACAGUUCAUAUACGGAGACAACGUUGUUAUGAACUUCCAUUAGAGUGUCGCCGUCAUUUAAAAAAACUUGUUGGAGGAGCAGAAUUAUUUACAAAACCAAAUCAUCGAAUAUGGGAAAAUCUUUCUUCAAAAAAUGAUAAAAAAUCCAAAGAAAAUAAAAAACAAAAAAAUAUAAAAAAAGAAAAUACAAAUUUAUUAAAAACAACUAAUUUGCCGCUAAAUUAUGGUGAAGGGGAAUUUUUAUUACCUUUAAGUCAAGACAAAGAUGUUUUAAUACCUCCUGAUUUACUUACAACAACAAUAACUAAUAUUAAAACACCAAAACAAACAAAAAAGAAUAAAAAACAUAAUAAAAAAUUAGCAACCUCAACGAAAUUUAUCCCAAUUUCAACAAAAUCACAAUUUAUUUCAUCUGCUACAAAACCCCCCACAACAAUAAAAAUAAUAAAUAAUUUAAAAUCUACAACAAAAUUUGACAACACAUUACAAGUUGAUUUUGAGAUGUUUUAUGCAGAAAAACAAAUUUUGGAUAAAGAUAAACUAAAAAAUAAUAAUUCUUCUUUAAAAUCGCCAAAAAAUCUUCAAAAAAUAGAAAUAUUUGGCCCACCCAUUAGAGGUCCAAUACCUCGUCCCUCAGCUCCGGAGGAUGCUUUUAUUCUUAAUCAUUCAACGCAACAACAAAAUAUAAAUGAAGCCAAAGAAAAUAUCUUUGAUAAUAAUAACUCAAAACCUCCAAAAGUACUCCCAUGGUGGACUUGGAAAAAGAUGGCUGUUAAAAAUGAAAAUGGGAAAAAGUCUAUUGUAGAGGACUUAACUAACCAAUGCUGUCAAUGGGCAUUAGAUGGAUUAUGUGAUCGAAGUUGGCAAAGAAUAAGGGAACUUUGGUUGGGGUUUUAAUUUUAUUUUUUAUGAUGCAUAGAAAGGAAUUUACAA